AUGACAUCCAGAAUCCCUACCCACGGUGCACAUCCGCCUGAGCGCAUCACGAAAAGAAUAUGUUUCAUUCUGAAUAAUAUCACCGAACACAACCUCCAACGCCAGGCAGACGAAGUGAUGUCACUGCUACCCUACCACUUUAUGAAUUGGUUUGCGGAGUUUAUCAUCAGCCGCGUCGCUUCGGAGCCUAAUCUUGUCAAUCUGUAUGCCGAAUUCGUAUUACUUGCAUCAGAUCGUCAGAAUAAUUUCCGUUCCCAUAUUCUUCAUUUACUAACGAGAGAGAUCGACACACUGCUGCAAAGUGGACGACUACAGCCGUGCAAUGGAAAGGCAUUAAAACAUUUCGGAGCGUUUCUUGGUCGUCUCACGUUGGCAAAGGGCAUCAGACUGGGAGUGGACAUUAAGUCUCUUAUUUAUGUGGCCUUCAAGAACCGCCCCGACUCCUUGGAUUAUAUUGUCCCGUUCAUUGCUGAACUAUUAAAAACCAUAAAGGAAAGCCACUCCAUAAAGACGACGGACCAUUGGGUAACAGAAAUAUUGCAAGUGGCGAAGGAGUUGCAUCAUAUCACCAAUAAGUUAACCAUUCAGUUUGAAAUCGAACUUUUAUUCAGCUUUUUGCAACGUGAUAUGAAUGAAAUCAAUUCGGCAUUCUACUUACGACGAAUAAAAUGA